AUGAGUUUUGUGCACAAAGUGGCUUUAGUUACUGGAGCAGCUGGAGCAAUUGGCAGAGCAAUUUGUGAGGAGCUCCUGAAGAGUGGCGUAAAACGCUUGGCAGCUGUGGAUUUGCACUCUGAUAAGCCACAGAUUGUGACUGAUUGGACGAACAAAUACAGAGAAACCACCAUCAAAUACUUCCCCGUGGACGUGACGUCGCUCGAAGACCUCAAGCAAUGCUAUGAAACAUUCACAGAAAGCUCCGAAAGCUUAGACAUCGUGGUGAACAGCGCGGGAAUUUUCAAUGAGAACGACUACCGGAAAGUUGUGGAUGUGAAUCUGAGUGGAAUCAUUGGAUCAAGUCUCCUGGCCAUUGAACACAUGAGACUUGAUAAUGGCAGAGGUAAAGGUGGAAUUGUUCUGAAUGUCGCUUCAGUGGCUGGCUUGUCGCCCUUCAGUUCGGUCCCAAUCUACAGCACGACAAAGCACGGAGUCAUCGCCUUCACGCGUUCAGUGGCACACAGACGAGAGAAUCUGGGCGUGAAAUUGCUAACUCUCUGCCCUGGCACAACGGAAUCCCGGCUUCUGGACAGAGUCUCUAUGCCAGAAUACAGUUUCAAACUUUACCAAGAGCCGGAAAUUGGCGGGAAAACUGAAUAUCCUCCCCAGAAUCCGUCGGUCGUGGGAAAAGCAGCGGUGAAAGUGAUGCAAGAGGGCAAGAAUGGAAGUGUGUGGAUCAUAAACAGUGGCAAAAUGUACGAGAAAAUCUUACCACAAGUUAAAUUUUAA